ACGUGGUCUCCUGUAAACAUCGCAUUCACCUCCGGCUACGGUGAGGGAGGCGACUUUUUGGUUUUUAGCGAAUGUAAAGUGCGCCCAGAGGAAGCAUAUGACUAGUUUAAGUCAUAUAUAACAUUGCGGAUAUGCAUAUGGGUAAAUGUGUAAAGGAAAGCUUCGUAGUACCCGGUUUGUGAACCAGAAAGUAACGCCUGGACGAGCAACACGCCGAGGUACUAGUCUUAAAAAAACAGAAAUGGAUCAAGGUGGCUGCCAAAUGAGCGGCGGUGGUGGUGACAGCAGCGGGCCCGACCAACCCGGGGUGAUCACACUGGAGGAUCUCGAGUCUUUCUCGGAAGACCAACUGACAGACUCGGGCAACGGCAGUAUCGAAGAAGAAGGAAAAGCCAUGGAGGAAGACGAACACUCAGACCAACUACUGACAUAUUGGCAGAACGUAGCGAGGGGACACCAAGUGGAAGUUUCACAAGAAAUGGCACAGCCCAUUCAACAGCUAACCACCAACAACCAAGGACAGGGUAACAGAGAACACAUCCCUUUCACUCUCCUCACACGCAAAGAGAAGUGUGGGGAGCUUCUGUAUGAGAAACGUCACUACGAAAAGGGCCACUGGGCUUGUAUAACAAUGCGUGAGGACACUUACGAACAGAGCAUCUGCUAUGGUUUUAUGAGGAUAAUGAGAUACAUCUGCCAGCAGAACACCUUGGGUGACUACCUCGGCAUGACGCUGCCCAUCAUCACAGUGGUGCGCACAAAUGAGAACCAUUCUGUGGUCUCCCAUGACGUCACUGUGGCCUAUUACCUUCCCAAUGAUUAUCAGGCCCAGCCCCCACAACCUCAAGACGAUGAGAUCACCAUAGAGAUGUGGCCCGCCACUACUGUAUACACAAGGCCAUUUACUGGUCCCACCAAUGAAGUGACCAUCAUUAAUCAGAUCAAUGCCAUGGCUGAGCAGCUGGACUCUCCUGGUGCGUAUGUCAAUGACUCGUUCAUUGUGGCCGGUUACACCAACCCCGCUCACAGCAACCGUCACAAUGAGAUCUGGUUCCUAGAGCGACGCUGAGGCACGAGAAGAUACAGCAUAUUAAGCAAAUCAUCUGUGACCCUUGAGUCGCAUAAGACUCCCUUAACACUGCUGCAGCUCAGCUACAGCCUCAAUCUUUAGUCAACACACCUCUACCUGAGAAAUGAAAAAAACCUCAGCCUUUACUCUACCCUUCAAUCAUGUUCAUUUAGAUAGAUCCUCAUUUUCACCCAUAAAAACUGAACCAAACCACUGCCAUACUCUCAUGGACACAACCUGUAUGUUAAGGUGAAGCAUAGCAUUUAACUCCUGCUCUUACAUUGAAGUGACAAAAAAAAAAUCUCCACUCAGCACUGUGCCCUCUAGUUAAAAGUUGAAAUAGUUUUAACUCUUAGUGCUCUAUAAACACAGUGAACAUUGUUUGCUGUCGGAAACAUGCAACAGCCUGUCUUUUCACAGCAGAAGAGGGUUUUUAGUGGACAUGCAUAUCAUGCUCCAUUUCUGUCAUGUCUUGUCAUGUGGUAUAAAAGGUCAAUACACACCAUACACACAAACAAUAGAUUGUCUGUCAUUCUCUAGCUUUCCGAGGUCAUUUUAACUUGAUUGAUCCACCAUUUCUUUAUCUCUGGACUACGUGAUUUAAUACAGGUUACAAUGUGAAGCCAGUCACACUGCAUUAACGGUUACAUUGUUCCAUCAUAAGUGCAACAUUUACCAGAUAACUAACAAUAAAUGAGCCAGAUAUUACAGUAGCUGGACCACUAACAUAACCCAAUCGUAGGGUACGUUCAGCCGUUGGUAUGGUGGGUUGGGAAGGGGAUCUGCAACAUGCAACACAACCCGAUAGACAUCUAGACCAGAAGUGGUGGCUUUAACCAUAAAUAAGCUCAACACAACAGGUGACACUAACUUAGAAAAUAAACACACAUGAAUAUAACAUGUUAAUGUGUGUUUGUGCGUGAAUGUACAGCUAUAGAGUAAAAGCAAAUGACACACCAAACCCUAAAAAAAAAAAACUCACUGAUUUUACAGCUGAAUGACAAUCAUACAGUAGGUAUAUAUUAUAUACAUCUUUUUCUCUUAAGAAAAUGAUGCAAGUCGAUGCAUUCCUCAUUACAAAUCUAUUCACACAUAGGAAUAGUUACUUAUGUACCUCUUUAUCAUGCUCUUUCUUCUUGCUACUCGGUUAGUGAAUAUGCAUUCCCUGCUGAAUUGCAAACACCACUGCUGCUGAGUAAAAACAACGCUACCAAGAAAAGAGAGCGCAGAGAAUUUCUCUACUGUGAUUGUACUCUAUGCUGAAUUCUAUUUUAACUGUUUUUAAUGUCCUAUCACCAAUCUAAGGAGAGUAAAAGAAGUAUCUUAGAUUAUCUUCACUAUAUUUUUAAUUAAAACAAAAAACAAAGUGAUACACAUCAAACCAGCUCCACCUUGAGUUCACAGUAAUGUAGGAAUGUUUCUGGUUUGAAAAAUGUAUAUUUACUGCUUGGGUGCGAGUGAAAUAAAACUGGAAGUGAACUAGCCAAAUCAUCACUGUGUGAUAUACUAGGACAGGGGCAUCCUAUGAAAUGCUUAGGCGGUCAAUUAUGAGGCUUAUUAAAUGUGUGUAAAUUCAGCUCAAAGUUGGUUUCAUUUUACUUAAUAAAAAUGUAAAACAAAGAAAUUAACCGCUAAAAAUUUAGUUUUGGGUUGGGAAGGUUGCCCAGUCUUAAAGUCAAGCAGUUUAGCUGACAUCAAGACAUUUAAAUCCAAAGAAUUUCUUUUGCAUUAAAUGAUUGUAAAGUUGAUAUGAUACUCUAUCACAACUGUAGUGUAAAGUAAGCCCUUGCGAAGCCAUGACACACGUGGAUUGGUUUUCCCUUUAAGAGCCUGGUUAUAUGGAAACAUCAAGCGUGAGGAUAUUUUUUUCCUUUUCCUUUCUUUUUGCUUAUUGUUUUAGUGUUUUGCAAAAGUGUGCUGUAAUGUAAAAAUGUGCAACAGCAAGAGCUACUGUGGAUUUUUUUGUUCAAUUAAAAUGUGCUUGUCUCCUGUAUUUUGAAAUGUA